AUGUGUUGUAGUAUUAAUAUGGAUGCGAGUGAUCCGAUUCUGUUGGGCAAAGUUAGGGACAAGUUUUGCAAUGACUACAAAUCAAAUGCCAGUUUGUACGACGAGUGCGAUUUGCACCGACUUAUGGCCAACGAUUGGUACGUUAAACGGUUUUUAAUGGCCCAACAGUUAGAUGUGGACAACACUGUGGUUAUGAUCAGAGAGGCGUUGCGGUGGCGAAAGGCGUUUGGCGUAAAUGACCGCAAAGACUGUGACUUUCCCCUAGAGUUUUAUAAAACGGGUGCCGUUUUUGCCUACUGUCCCGAUAGGGAAGGCCGGGAUGUCAUCUAUUUGAGGGUUAAAUUGUAUCGACAUUUUCCAAAGUUUUCGGACUAUUUUCGGCAAUACUUUUUGCAUAUUAUCAACAAAAUUGAUGUUCAAAAUGAGGAAAAAGGUUGGGCAAUGGUGUGGGACAUGAGCGGCACCGGGCCGUCAAACUGGAACCUAUCAAUCGUGCGGUUCAUCAUAUCGUGUCUGCGAAACUAUUACCCCCGAGGAAUGCGAUACCUUGUUAUAUACGGCGUGCCGUGGAUUAUGACGGCGUUUGUCAACAUUGGCCUCAAACUGGUCUCCGAAGAGGCGCGAAAUGUCGUGAAGUUUGCGGCCAAAGACCAGAUCUUCGGCUUCGUUGAGGCCGAGAAUGUGCCCGACUUUUUGGGCGGAAAAUGUGUCCAAAACUAUCACGAAGUGCCCAAAGAGGCGGUCAGAGAUUGUCACGAUUUGGCCGCUGAACGCGGUAUUAAUGCCGACGAGACCGACGCUGUCCUCAAGUUUUAUGAACACUAUUUAACCGAUUGA